AUGUAUACUAAUAUGGUUAUAAGGACAGCAUGGAAUAAAAUAUCAAAAUCCUGGAGCACGACAAUCGAUUCAUCAAAUGAGAAAAGUUCCAUACGUAAUAGUUCAUCAAAGAGAUCCUCAUCGACCAUUAAAUCAAAUGACAAACCAGAUACUGACUUACAAGAGUACCGACUUCCGAUUAAUUUACUUGGUUUCACCUCAACUACAAGAAACAGAUUACUUACCGAUGAAAUUGGACAUGAAUUAAGAAUAUUAUUUCCUUCUAGGAUCCAACUUUACACAGAUUGGACUCUGAUUUACAGUUUAGAACAGCAUGGAGCUUCUUUGCAUUCUCUGUAUGGGAAUAUACACAAUACCAUAGUUCCUAAACGACGCGUUGGAUAUUUGAUUAUUAUUAGAGAUGCACGAGGUGGAAUCUUUGGUGGGUAUUGUAACGAACCAUGGUUACCUAACGAGCAUAGACGAUACGGAGGGAAUGGUGAAUGUUUUCUGUGGAAAUUGGUAAGGGCUAAGAAUAUUAAUUUGGGUAAACAAGAGCAAGGAGUUUUAUCAGAGUCUAUAGGAAGACAUAUUCAAAGACAAGAUAGCUCCAGUGUUGUAGGGUGGAGACUAGUUGGGUUCCCUCAUACAGGUGUUAAUGAGUUCACUAUGUAUUGUACCUCCAAAUUUCUUUCCAUGGGGGCAGGGGACGGCCAUUACGGGUUAUGGGUAGAUGAUGGUUUAUUGACUGGUGUCUCUUACCAUUGUUUAACUUUUGGAAAUGAACCAUUAUCACAAGAAGGCGAAAAAUUCCAUAUUACAGGUUUAGAAGUUUGGAGAAUUGGAGGAAGAUAA